GAGCUUCAGGGGACUUUAAGGGGCGGGCCGGCGGGCAGCGGGGUCUCCCGGGGAUCUGGGUCUUGUGGGCUCGCGCCGCGGGCCGCCAUUGCUUGGCAUCUCCCGAGGGGCCUCCCCCACCUCAGCCUCGCUUGGUCGCCGCUGCGCCGUCCUCCCCCAGUGACAAAAAUGCUGAGAUUCUUCCGUAGAACGCUUGGGCGUCGGUCAAUGCGCAAACAUGCUGAGAAGGAACGACUUCGAGAAGCUCAACGAGCUGCCACACACAUUCCUGCAGCUGGAGAUUCCAAGUCCAUCAUCACGUGUCGGGUGUCCCUUCUGGAUGGUACUGAUGUUAGUGUGGACUUGCCGAAAAAAGCCAAAGGUCAAGAGCUGUUUGAUCAGAUUACAUACCACUUGGAUCUUAUUGAAAGCGACUAUUUCGGACUGAGAUUUAUGGAUUCAGCACAAGUAGCACAUUGGUUGGAUGUUACAAAGAGUAUCAAAAAGCAAGUUAAAAUUGGUUCACCCUAUUGUCUGCAUUUUCGAGUUAAGUUUUAUUCCUCGGAACCAAAUAAUCUUCGUGAAGAGCUAACCCGGUAUUUAUUUGUUCUUCAAUUAAGACAAGAUAUUCUCAGUGGAAAAUUGGAGUGUCCAUUUGAUACAGCAGUUCAGUUGGCAGCUUAUAAUCUGCAAGCUGAACUUGGUGACUGUGAUCUUGCUGAGCAUAGUCCUGAACUUGUAACUGAGUUCAGGUUCAUGCCCAUUCAGACUGAAGAGAUGGAGUUGGCUAUUUUUGAGAAAUGGAAGGAAUACAGAGGUCAGACACCAGCACAAGCUGAAACCAAUUAUCUGAAUAAAGCCAAAUGGCUAGAAAUGUAUGGGGUUGAUAUGCAUGUGGUCAAGGCUCGAGACGGGAAUGACUAUAGUUUGGGACUAACCCCAACAGGAGUUCUUGUUUUUGAAGGAGAGACCAAAAUUGGCUUAUUUUUUUGGCCCAAGAUAACUAGAUUGGAUUUUAAGAAGACUAAAUUAACCCUGGUGGUGGUAGAAGAUGAUGAUCAGGGCAAAGAGCAGGAACACACAUUUGUCUUUAGACUGGACCAUCCAAAGGCGUGCAAGCAUUUGUGGAAAUGUGCUGUGGAGCACCAUGCCUUCUUCCGCCUCCGAGGCCCUGUGCAAAAGGGUUCUCAGCGAUCAGGAUUUAUCCGACUAGGAUCACGAUUUAGAUAUAGUGGGAAAACUGAGUAUCAGACCACGAAAACCAAUAAAGCAAGAAGAUCAACAUCCUUUGAAAGAAGGCCCAGCAAACGAUAUUCUCGACGAACUCUACAGAUGCAAGCAGGUACAGCAAAACCUGAAGAACUCAGUGUUCACAGUAAUGUUCCAACUCAAAAUAAUGGCUCUCAACAGGCUUGGGGUAUGAGAUCUACUCUGCUGGGGACUUCUUCCAUUCCCUCUGGUCCCGUGCUGGUGGAGAUAGAAAACCUUCCAAGGAGUCCUGGAACAGACCAGCAUGACAGGAAAUGCUUGCCUUCGAAUAUUGAUUUGCUAGAUAGUCCAGCCUUAUUGGAAACAACUAUUGAUGAUAUAAUUGGGGCACCUGACACUGUGGAAACAUUGCAAUCACCCGAUGAAAUUAAUGUAGCCCCCAGGCAAACCGGAUUAGAGGAACCUGAAGUUGAAGGCAGGACAUUAAAAGAUGCGCCAGAGAAGCUGAAACACCUUGAGAUAGAAAACGGUUCAUUGCCCUCCCCUCGUCCCAACAUUGAUGUUAACAUCAACAACCAGGAGGAAGUGGUGAAGCUGACUGAGAAAUGCCUUAAUAAUGCCAUUGAGAGCCCAGGAUUGAAUGCUAGGCGAGUUCCUCCUGACUUGAAGAGUAACAUUUUGAAGGCUCAAGUAGAAGCAGUGCAAAAGGUUACAAGAGAAGAUAGCCUAUUGAGUCAUAAAAACGCCAGUGUUCAGGAUGCUGCCACAAACAGGGCUGUAGUAAAUGAGAAUAAUGUGCCCCUCCCUGAAGAUUCCCUUGCUCCAGCGGACACAACACCUGCAGGAAAUGGUUCUGCUCUAAAGGAUGCUACGGAUGAAUUUGAUGCCUUGCUUUUAUCUCUAACUGAGAAUCUGAUUGACAGCACAGUCACACCUCAGGUAUCUUCAACAUCCAUGAUCACGCCCCGGUGGAUUGUGCCACUCUGCUCCCACUGUGAGCGGAGAACCCAUCUUGAAGCAGAAAUGUUUACUGACAACGGAGCUCUAAGGGAUUGCCCCCUCCUCGCCUGUACCUGGAAUGCCCAGCACCCCCCACAGUCCGUCCUGGAAUCAGUUCUGCUGAAUGUGUUGGAUUCAGGAGUUUGCCCUGUACUUGUUGGUAAAAAGGUUUGCCUAGAUUUGACUUCAGUUCCAUGAAAAAACAACUACGUGUUUUGUCUGACUGGAAGAGUUUAAUUACACUGCGUAUGUCCUCAGAUGAGGACACCUGGCCUUUUACUUUCUCUAGUUUUCGAAGUUUUAAAUUCCUAAAACAAGGGAAAGGCAUUCCCUAUGGUUUGCUUCAAGCUCUUGGCCCCACCUAGUGGUUGUAAUUGUUCAUAAUGCUUCCUAACGAGGCAGUCUCUGGUGGUCAGUGCCAUUUCUCUCUCUAGUGUCAGGAUGAGUGUCCCUAGCCUGUUAGAGAACUUGCACUUUUCUCUGCGUUACCUGGAAGUCAGGGGUUUAGGAACAUAAUGAGGAUAUUAUGUAGGUAGGUGCAGUGCUAGCUUUCUUUCUCUUUUUAACGAUUAUUACAGUGCUAAAGAGCAGUUUAGAAUACAGAGGGUUUUCAAGUGUUGCCCAUAUUUUUGAAUUCUUACUGGACUGGCUAUCUUAGUUACAUCAAGGUAAGGAGAACUGCCUUGAGGAGAACUACAGAGAAGUCAAUAGCCCGUCAUUUUCAGCUCGGCCUUCCCACAGGAAGCAGUCAUGCACCACAGGUUUCCUGUAAGUGUUCAGCCGGGAAAGGGGAGGGUGGGUGAAAGUCACCCUGGGCGUGUCCUCCUUCCUCCCUCCUCUUCCUGGGCCCACAGACUCGGUGAGGAGGGAGCACAGACGCUCUGGGCUGGCCCUGCUCCACGCAGGUACCUACUGAGCUUAAGGGAUUGCGUAUGUAAUUAAGUGCUCAUGUGCGCUGCUCAGCAUAAAGGAGCAUCCAGUUUAGAUCUUAAACUCCUGGUGUAGGCUGUCCUGAGCCAUUCGUGUGCUCAGGGGAACACACCAGUGUCUGGAAAGCUCAGGAACUCCGUUGUGUGCUGUUUCCUGCCGAGCCGAGCCGUAGAGAUUGGAAACCACUUUUGAACAAAGCAGUUCUACUGAAGAAAAGAAAGUUCCCCUCCUGCCGCCUGCCUCCCCUUAGCUGUUCCGCUAAGCUUGUGAAUCUCAUUGUGGAGCUCUUGCCAAUUCUUUAUUGUAAGACAAACUGCAGGGCCCCUAGGGCAGGGGCUUGCCCCAGGACACGGCCUGGCCCUCAGCGCUUCAGGUCCGACAACCCUGGAUGCGCUCCCUGCGAGCUUGGAAGGCCCACAGUUCCGUCCAGUUUGUACAGUAGCACCAUCCUCACUUUUAACUUUCUAGUAUUUAGGGAUUAUGUUGAUGUUGUUGAAAAUACUCUGUAGCCUUUGUGUUGUCAGGCACCUGUAUUGUUGCCAGUCUGAAUAGUGAUAGGGACUUUCUUAAAAUUCAUGUGAAUCUCAAACUAGAAGGACAUUUCGUCUCCUGCCCUGACAUGAGGUGUUAAAUGGAAAUGAGUGGCUUUUUUUAAUCCUCACUCAAGGAUAUUCUUGUUCAUUGAUUUUUAGAGAGAGUGGAAGGAAGAGGGAGAGACAGAGAGAAGCACCAUGAGAGAGAGACACAUUGAUUCGUUGCCUCUGGCAUACCUCGGAUUAGGGCCAAGAAUCAAACCCCGGGACCCCUCAGUCCCCAGGCCAAUGCUCUAUCCACUGAGCCAAACCAGCUAGGGCUGGAAAUGAGUGCUUUAAUGAGGGGUUAGCCCUGACCAGUUAGGCACCUGCCAGCUACACCUCUCCUGUCCUAGCUGCUGCGGGUGCCUUCCAGAGCCCUGUUAACACUCAUCUUGUUCUGCUCAUCUGGGGAUGGAGGAGGAGGGGAGGCUGCGGGUAUCUGUGACGUGUCAGAGAGGGAGCAGGAGGUCAGUCUCUGAGGAGAGAAGCCGUGUGAGGGAGUAGAGGAUGCUAGCAGAGAGAUCUGCGAUGGCACUGGGUAAGAAGGCGCUGGUUCCUGAGGUGGUAACAGGGGCAGCUGUGGUGGCUCUACAGGCUGGUGACCUCUGGGGCACAGCCCUCAUUCCAAAGGUUAAAAUCCACAUCCAAGUCAUCUGAUGAACUGAAUCAAGGCCGGAUCCUCAGGUGAGGGGAAAUGGCCCUGCUCACUGUUCAGAAUGACUGAGCCGGGCAGGAAGUCUCUGAAUCGAGAUGAGGUUCCAUGCCAGCACAGCGCAGCUGGAAAGCAGCAGGCGCACGAAUGCGCUGGGAGCAGUGAGAACACCCCUGAACAGCGGAGAGCUCGUUUCCGUGAGGCCCCAGCUGCAGAGCUGUCGCUUCCUCCUGUGGAGGGGAGUGGGUGGAUGUUUAGCUGAGAUGACAGACCCAGAUGCACAAGGCAACAGAAGGCUCUUUAGCCCAGGCUCAGCUGCGCUGUGGUCACUUUCUUUCCCGUUUCCAGGCCAGGGUGGCUCUGCUGGCUCCCUGGGGGUAGCAGGAUAGAGCUUGUGCCUGAGCGGGGUCAGGCGGGUAUGAGACGUGACGGAGCUGUUGUCCCCUUGCCGUGGCCUCAUUGGCCUGUGAGUGUUACUGUCACUGCUUCCUAACACUUUGCUGUGCACUGCCCUGGGGACACUUCCCUCGGUCCCUGCAGUGGCCUGUGUGCUGCUGGCCAUGGGGGAGCAGGAAGGGCAAGAGCCUCAAAUCAGCGGAUGCCAGCCCUGGUGGGAGGGCGAGUGCCGGUGAGGAGGAGGGUGUAGGUUUCGGAGUUCUGCCCCAGCCCCUUCUGUGGAGCUGGGCGGGAGGGUCCCCUCUCCUCCUGGUGCUCAGUAGUGUCGCCUGUGUCCAGGGACGGCUGGUGGUCCUUUCAUUCCCGCCCUUCUGGGGUCACUGCUGUACAGAGAAAGGUUGGUCUCCUUAGAUCCUGAUAAAUUUUGGCCAUCCCUACAGCUUUCCCGAGACUUUAUGUUGCUUUAAGAAAAAUUGUGUUUAGAAAUACUUUUGCAGUCGGCUAACUGUUGGUCUUCUUUUGCACGAUCACGAUGUUCUGCGGGCAGUUCAGGAGGACAGCUGGGUCGGAGCUUGUUCUCCUAGCUGCUCGGUUCCGACUAGCACCCUCCUCUGCCUUCUCGCCUAGAUGAGCCCUGUCGGAGCAGAGCGCCCGCAGGCUUCGGGGCGCUGAGGCGGCGAGGGUCUGGGGAAGCCAGCUCCUGUCUCCUCGCCCAGAGAGGCUCGGCAGGCCUCCUGUAGAAGCAGCGGUAGCUAGUUCUUCCUGCGAGGCCAUGGGAAGUGCCCGGGCAUGUGUGUUCCGGGACAGUUCACUUACAAGCACAGGUGCGAGUCCUGAUUCAAGCUUUGUGGUUGGUAGACUGGCUCCGUGGGAGGCGGGCAGGUAUGCACAAGCCUGCAUCACCUGUCAUGGGGGCACCGGGCAUUCCAGACCUGGGCCUCGUCACUCCCACGCAGACAGGAUGUAGUCAUGGGCCUCCGGCUCUGGGAGCCUUUGGAGCAGCCGCCAGUUUCCCGUUUAUCUUGCCCUCAGCCUCUAGCUGCUUAGCAGGAAUCUCCUGUGGACUAAGGAAUGUACAUUUCUAUUUUAUUUGUUCUUUUCUCCUCAAAAAUGUAAACACACUGAUCAGAAGAAAGUUGGAAGCUUUCCCUGCUCUCAGCCAGGAAAUGCAAAUGUGUGAGGCCUGGAAAGGCGCCGCCCCUGCGUGUGCGUGGGGUGGUGCGUGUGGGAGGAGGGGUGGCUCCUCACCCCGAGGCUGAGCGGAAGCAUCACUCCCGGGACCUGCAGGGAGGGCCUGAUCUCCCUCCUGGGGGGACAGAAGCUGUCGCCUCACUAACCACUGUUUACUUCUCAUGUGUAAAGCUUUGCGGUCGCUUUGCGAGUGGACUUUGUUUUCUGUCGGGUGCACUGUUCAUUCACGCGUCCGCGGUUUUGUAUGUGAGAAACUGCACUGAACUCGUGUGUGUGCUGAGAUGACAGCUGUAGAUGUGACCACAAAUAAAGCUUUCGAGAAACA